GUAUGGUGAUAAGAGGUAGAGAGCUGCCUGAAGCACAUGGGAGAAGGGCUACUGUCGCUGAUAUAUACAGGACACACAGACGCUGGGACACUGGCAAUAGUAGAUGAAUCCAUUCUGAUAACAAUCAAGCUCCCAGCAGGAGCAUCCAGGAGAGAAACAUUCAUUACAGACCCUCACCUUUAAGGAUUUAAGGAUUUUUAUGUCCUUCAGCCACAACAUGGAUAUUCUGUUCACCUCUUCCUUCCCCGUUUUAUGCCAGCACUCUGAAUAUAAUCUCACAACUCUCUGUCCUGACAACCAAAAAGUAAACUCAACUCCUGCUCUGGCUAACCCACCAGCGUUUGGUAUGUCCUACUUCACCAUGGCCCUCGGUGCCUUCUCAAACCUAACCGCUCUAGCAAUCCUAGCCCAUUCCUAUGCCUGCCUCCGCCGACGGGCCAAAGCGCCGUUCCUCCUGCUGGCUUCAGCCCUGCUUCUGAGCGACCUGGCAGGUCACCUGAUCACAGGGUCUUUCGCACUUCACCUCCAUCUUGAAAGGGUGAAGCAUCACGGGGCGGCAGUAGUGGAGCCUCCUCAGUUAUACUGCAAACUAUUUGGAGCUUGCAUGGUGUUUUUCGGCCUUUGCCCGCUCCUGCUGGGCAGUGCGAUGGCAGUGGAGCGCUGCAUAGGCAUCACAAAACCUCUCCUGCACCCGGCGGUUGUCACCAUGACACGCGUCCGCCUCACCGUGCUCCUGAUCGCCUCCACGGCUCUCACUUUGGCGGGACUCCCUCUGCUAAAAGUGGGCGACUACAAACCACAGUUUCCCGGCACCUGGUGUUUCUUACCUGUGAACGGUCCGCUUUCAAUCGCUGACGCCAACCUUGCUUUGGCUUUUUCCAUCCUGGGGCUUGUAACUUUGAGCAUCUCAGUUGUGUCUAAUACUAUAAGUGGACUGAAAUUGCUCCAGGCAAGGUUUAAGGACCGAUGUGUUAAGUUAAACUCUGCUCGGAAGCACAGAUCCUUCUCAUUUUCGUCUCUGCAUUCCCUGGACGUGGAAAUGAUGACUCAGCUGGCUGGGAUAACAGUGGUCUCUUGCAUCUGCUGGAGUCCCUUUCUGAUUUACAUCCUCAUAUCCGUUGGCAGGUUCUAUAAAGGAAUCAGCAGACCGGUGCGUCAGUGUGAAAAGAUGCUCCUCUUGGCUCUGCGCUUGGCUAGCUGGAACCAGAUUCUGGAUCCAUGGGUUUACAUCCUCCUGCGGCGAUCGGUUCUGCGCAGAGUUCUUCGGCUUCUGCAGCCAGACAGAGCUGUGUUUACACAGAUCACUCCUCAGAGCACUACAGUGACUCGCACAGAAAGCAAAUGAGUUGAUUUACACAUUUGCUUAUAAUGUUUACAUGGGGUCAAAAAUGUAUUAAAUCAAUAUUUAUAAAGAAUUUGUGUGAUUAAGAAGUGAAAAGAAGUGCGCUUGACUGAUUGAAUGUGUACAUAGCCUACUUCAAGUCUCAAAAGUAGGCCUAUAAAAGCUAAAUAAAGGUGUAAAUGGAGUCUAAACCGCUUUGAGCUUGUCCACUUUCAACCACAUCCAGAAACGGUAGUCGGAAACGCAUUUGACCGGAUUGCUUUCGUAGUGUAAACGCUCAUGUGGUCGAAUGUGUUUGAACGGACACAAAAAGAUGCCCGCUCUCUGCAUACUGACCUGAUGUGGGAACAUUAGUGGACAAAAGAGAUGGAUUAAAACACCAGACGUAAACGAGUAUGUGUCUGCCUCGUCUUCUUGCGACCCGUUCGACCAAAACAAAAUCUUAAUACCAGGUGUAAACAGCGCCGAUGUGUAUUGAAAGACAGAAAACUUUCAUGACUACAUGUCUUAGCACACUUAAAUCCAC